AAGAAAAUCUCAAAUAGAUAUAACAAGUAUUCUGGAAGAAAGAAAAGAGAGAGAAAAUGUCGUCCAGUAAAAUCCAGGUACGAGGGCAGCCACUUCUUAGGGUUCCGGCAAGAAACCACCGUAUGACACACUUGGUUGUUUGCGGCGUUUCCACAAAACGCCACCACCGUGAAAUCAAUGCACUCAGCAGUAAUAGUGGUCCAUCGUUGGAUUCGGUCCCAACAAGAACCGACAAGAGGCAGUUUCUUCGUGGUGACGGUAACGGUAAAUUCGGGAGGUUCGGUGGGAAGUUUGUACCGGAGACAUUGAUGUCUCGCCUGAUAGAACUUGAAGACGAAUUUAACUUUGUUAGGUGCGAUCACGAAUUUCAGGAGGAGCUUACCACAGCGUUAAGAGACUACGUAGGAAGAGAAACGCCUCUCUACUUCGCCGAACGUCUAACCGAACACUACAAGAACAUAGUUCCAACCAUCGAAGGUGGACCAGAGAUAUACUUGAAACGGGAAGAUCUUAGCCACUGUGGGUCUCACAAAAUCAAUAAUGCUCUCGCUCAGGCCAUGAUUUCCCGGCGGCUUGGUUGCAGCCGUGUGGUGGCGGCCACUGGAGCCGGACAACAUGGAGUCGCCACAGCGGCUGCAUGUGCAAAGCUCUCCUUGGAGUGUACUGUUUUCAUGGGAGCUGCUGAUAUAGAGAAACAAUCCUUUAAUGUACUUUCCAUGAAACUCCUUGGUGCUCAGGUUAUAUCAGUGGAAGGAACAUUCAAAGAUGCAAGUUCAGAAGCUAUACGAAACUGGGUCGAAAACCUAUAUACCACAUACUACUUAUCGGGUACGGUCGUAGGACCGCAUCCGUGUCCGAUAAUAGUACGUGAGUUUCAAUCUGUGAUCGGGAAAGAGACAAGAAGGCAAGCCAAGCAACUAUGGGGUGGUAAGCCUGAUGUGUUGGUGGCCUGUGUGGGAAGUGGCUCAAACGCAUUGGGUUUGUUCCAUGAGUUUGUUGGGGAUGAGGAUGUGCGGUUAGUCGGUGUCGAGGCUGCGGGGCUUGGUCUGGAUUCGGGGAAACAUUCAGCUACUUUGGCCUUUGGAGAUGUUGGUGUAUACCAUGGUUCCAUGAGCUAUUUAUUGCAAGAUGAUCAAGGACAGAUACUUAAACCACACUCCGUAGGUGUUGGGUUAGAGUAUCCCGGAGUUGGACCGGAGAUUAGUUUCAUGAAAGAAACUGGCAGAGCGGAGUUCUAUACAGCAACAGACGAAGAAGCAAUUCAAGGUACGUACCUCAUAGUUAGGCAUGAGCAAAAUUUAAUCAUAACCGGACCGUUUUUAAACAGUAAUUGGACUGUAACCGUAACCAUUAACCGUAAAAUAGAUUAAUUAAAAAAUAUAUUAAUCGUAACCGUCAAUUAACCGUAACCGUAUCAAAACUGUAGUAACCGUACAGUCAACCGUGUGUUAACUGUAUAGUUAAAACCUUAAAACUACAAUUUUAUUUAUUUGUAAUGCAAAAAAAAAUGUCGAAUGUUCGGAUAAAGAUUUUUUAAAAAGAGUAAUAUCGUAUAGGAAAAAAUAUACAACAUAUUUUUUAUCUUAUUAAAAAGUCAGAAAAUACGUAAGAUUUUGCAUCUGGUAUCAUGUAUAUUGUAAUCAUCAAUAAUCAAAAGGGUAUUUAACUGUAACUAUUGUUACUGUAACCAUAUUCAAUUGUAACCUUAUCUAAUCAUAACCAUCUUAACUCUAUAUAUAAUGGUUAGAUUACGGCAGAGUUGACCCUGAGCACAGCCAAUUGAAACAAUUGAUCGUGCAUGCGAUUAAGCAGAUUGGAGGGAAUAAUACCGGCAUUAGAAGCGUCUCACGCGCUCGCGUUCCUCGACAAACUCGUGCCUACUCUUCGUGAUGGAGCCAAGGUGGUAGUGAACUGCAGUGGCCGUGGUGACAAAGAUUUAGAUACUCUCAUCCAACGAGGCAUGCCUUCUUCUUUUUGUUGACUCACCAAGAUGCCACAUUACACUUAACUCUUUUAGAAAACGUAUGGUCCAAUCACAACCAUCAUUAUAGAUGAAAUACUAAUAUAUCAAUCAUUAUUUAAUUUUUCGAUUUACUAAUCACCCUAAAUUUCCCAUCCCCC